CAGAUUUUAAAAGGUCACAGAUUGCCUACAGUGACGAGGUACGGAAUGAGCUCCUAGGGGAUGAUGGGAAUUCCUCAGAGAUCCAGUUGAUAAAAUUACGUGAAGAGAGGGCACAUCUGCUCGAUAACACAGAGAGGCUGGAAAGGUCAUCUCGGAGACUAGAGGCUGGAUACCAAAUAGCAGUGGAAACUGAACAAAUUGGUCAAGACAUAUUAGAAAAUCUCAGUCAUGACAGAGAGAAGAUCCAGCGGGCUCGAGAAAGGCUUAGAGAAACUGAUGCAAACUUGGGAAAGAGUUCAAGAAUCCUUACAGGAAUGUUACGAAGGUAAGGGCAAGGUAGGGAACCUUUCUCUUUCUUUUUCUUCCUUUUUCUCAUAUAGAUUGAUAGAUAAAAUUCAUAGUUUUUAUCAUAAUUUUGUAUAAUUUCAAAAUGAGUUGAAUUCUCAGGUAUACACUUGUACACAAAAACUUUAUUUUAAAUACAUCCAUUUUUUUAAAAUUUAUGUUUC